AUGGGUCGUACAGUCGAUCAGGAGGUGCAUGCAGCCUUCGUUGAGUUUCGCGCUAAGGAAGACGACAAGGCACGUGAUCCUUGUCUGUCUGUACAAUGUAUCUAUUGCCAGCAGAUCCGCGCGAAAAAUACCUCGCGUCAAAAACAACAUCUGCUUGAGUGUCCUGGUCUGAGAGGCCACCCCUCUGCUCCGCAACCCCAGGCAACUGCUGCUGGCCCCAAUGGCAUCGGCGGUGCCAAUGGUUACUCUUCUACUCCCAAUGGCCCUUCUGCGGGUGCCGGAGGUGCCGGGCCUGGCCCUUCAGGUGCUCAACUCGGUACUCCCAAUGGAGCUAUGAUGCCAAAUGGAGUCAAUCCUCAUGCUACCCCAAUUCAAACACCAUUGCAGAACCUGACAAAUCGUCCCUCAUUGCCCGCGCCUGGAACUUCGCAAGGUGGUGGUCCCUCUUCUACUCCCCUUUCGCAUCAGCAACGCAGUCAUUCUACCCCUAAACCUAAGCAGAAUCGUCAAAGUACCUCCAAUCUCCCUGCUCCCCCACUCGACGAUGUCCACGCUGCCUUUGUGGAGUUCCGUGCCAAAGAAGAAGACAAAUGCUUGUCUGUGCAAUGUAUCUAUUGCCAACAAGUGCGCGCGAAGAAUACAAGUCGUCAACGCCAACAUUUACUCGAGUGCCCAACGUACUUGAAUGUUAUGAAAGAUUCUAUUCCUGCCAAUAAUUUGCUGCAUACUUUCCCUGAAGGCGACAUAGCUCGAUCCUUGCAGAUUCCUGUCCCCAGUAUUGAGCUUGACUUCCGUAUGAGUAUCAAGUUGAACCCUAAAGUCAGCAUUGGCAGUAGCCUGUGGGGUGGACGCGACUGGGUUUCGUUCCUCGGUGGUCAGUGGGCUGGUCGAUGGGGUAAGGGUAUUAUCCUGCCCGGUGGACAAGAUUCUCAAGUCACAGUUAAAGAGAUGGCUACAUCAUUAAGCGCAAAUUAUGUCCUUCAGUCAUCCGAUGAACCACCAGCAUACAUCAUUGUCAAGGCUCAGGGCUGGUUAACCGGCGCCAAGGAUAUUCUCGAGAAACUCAAUGACCCCAAUCACGCCGAUACCAUUAACCCUAGCUCUUAUAAGUACCGUCUUAAUCUGUCCAUGGAAAGUGGUGACGAGCGAUAUGCCUUUGUCAACACUGUAAUGUGGGUUGGUUCCGGUUGCCGUCGCGGUCAUGAAGUCAUCCUUGACGCGUUCCGUCUGAAUUAAGACGUUAUCAAAUUGCCACAACAGUUUCGAUGCUUUAAUGCAGUCGCUUCCAGUUCUGAUAUUCUCUUCUUGAUUCUCUUCUUGAUUCUCUUCUGAACUUUUAGCUUCGAUCAUUCAGAUACAGUGUAUGCCUUACGAUGGAUUCUUUUAUUUCUACUUUUAACGGUGCAAUACGGAGAAAUGGUAUAAGUGGAUUUGGGUUUUCAUGCUUCCUCAAUUUCACUUCUCUUCUCUUUCUUGUUUGAUGGUUGCGUUGCAGGCUCUUCUCACUUUCUCGAGUUAUGAACCAUUGUGGAAGAUGAUAAAGGGGUAGUCAAUGGAAUUAUGAAUUGUUCUUUCCCUUCUUUUACUGCCUUCUUUCUUGGAAGUUUGAUUCUGAUAUUUGAUCUAUAUGGUAUUCGAUCUAUAUGGUAUUCCAGUUAUUUCCAAUUAUUUU